AUGGAGACGAUCUCAUCCUGUCCCAUCUGCAAUAUACAAGUUCUCACGGUUGAGCUGGAAUGGCAUGCCAAUAGCCACUUUGAUGAUGAUCAACUCCAAAGGGACAUGGAAUUAGCACAUCAGAUGGCAAUUGCUGAAUCAAGUACAGGUACCAUGAAUGACCCAAAACGUUAUAGUGGAUCAUUCACCAGUGACUCCAAUACUCUAGGGGCCUCAUCGAGUCAUAGUGGAUACUCACGCCAUUACAGCGAGCUAUUGGAUGAACAAAUCUCUUGUUUGAUCGGAGCACAAAUUCGAAGCAAAGUUCAAGAAGUGGAAGGCUAUAUUAUGAGCUUGUUGAGGGGCUGCUUGGAGUCAGAAGCUGGUUCCUUGACAAGUAUGAUAUCAGGCUAUAUUGAGCAUCAUCAGAGUCUUUCAUCAGAAGAUAAGGGAUGGGGAUGUGGAUGGAGAAAUAUUCAGAUGCUGAGCUCUCAUCUAUUGAAGCAAAGACCAGAAGCUAGAGUAGUAUUAUUUGGUGGUUCUGGAUUUGUUCCUGACAUCCCUUCACUCCAGAGGUGGCUUGAUAUUGCUUGGGAUAAAAAGUUUGAUACGAUUGGCUCCAGCCACUUUCAUAACAAAGUUUAUGGUGCCAAUAAAUGGAUAGGGACUACAGAAUGUGCUACCCUCUUCCGCUCGUUUGGCCUCCGCGCAAGGAUUGUAGAUUUUGAUAGCACAGAAUCAUCUGACCUCCAAAGUGCCAUUCACAGGCCACUGUAUUUUCAACAUCAAGGUCAUUCAAGGACAAUAGUUGGGAUUCAAAAGAAAAUGGGUCAUUGUGGAUCUCAAGAACAAUACACCCUUUUGAUUUUAGAUCCUGGCCAUAGAACUGCAGAUCUAGAAAGGUCUCUAAGAAGCAAAAAGGGAUGGCAGCGUCUGGUGAAGAGAGGUGUCCACACGCUCAGGAAGCCACAAUAUCAGUUGUGUUAUGUGGAUCCUGGAAUUGCUAGUUCAGAAGAGAUGGAGCAACUGAAGACUAUUGAUAGUAUACUAGUCAGCAAACUUCACGGCUUUGAUUGGGCAGCAAAUGCCAUACAAGAACAUGAUUCAGUGGAUACUAUUGAUAUAUGUGAGAUUGAUCAACUGGUUAUUGAUGUAAGAAUGACCACUUUACCUAUGCUCAAAAUUCAAGCUGUUGAUUUCCUGAGGAAUUCUCCUGAAGGAAAAUAUGAUGCUAUUAUUGUCGAUUCAUCAGAUCCAAUUGCUGGGACUAGCGUAAAUGAAAGGGGCAUGGUAAGUUCUACUCGCAAAUGUCUAAAAGGGCUUGAGAAGGAGCUACCUCACUUGCGGCGUUUGGGAACUACAUCCACAAUCUCCAGUGUCCAGAUUCACACCGAGCUUGUGCGACUUGCGAUGAAGUUGUAA